AUGGCGAUCCUGGUGCUGCUUGUUUUAUCAUCGACGAUCCUCGUUCAAGGAUAUGGGAAGAGCAAUGACCCAAACGAAGAACCCUUCCUCCCUAUAUUUCCAGUUUAUCCGUACAGCCCAAAACUGAUUAAAAGAGAAACCGACAGGGAGGCAGUCACGCAAUUGUCCCCGGAACUCUACGCGCCCAAAAUCGACGCUAAAGAUUCUUACAGUGCCAGCUACAGCACGAACUAUCCCCGAGAUCCUUACUACCCUAACUAUAAUCCGUAUCCAAAGUCUUCUUCUGCAGCUGGAUACUCGUACUACAGUUCUAUGCCGUAUACAUAUCCAACCUCGGCAUACAAUCGAUACAAUUCGUACUCAACACCCUAUCCAGCGGCUCCACCUUCCUAUUCAACGAUGCCUUACUCCACGUCCUAUCCUAAUUACUACUACCAACCGCCUUACUAUUAUCCUAAUUAUUAUACUCAGCCACUAUACGCGCCGCCUCCGUUGCCACCACCUGGCGCAGACUAUUCCAGCGAUCCUUAUUCCGAUACAGACAACGAGAAGAAUAAAGAGAAGAAACCUAGCGGGGACAAAAGGUACAGGUACAACGAAGCGGAUCAGGACCCUACAGGCAACCAAUACGUCGACGGAGGGAACUAUAUUUCCGGGAACACAAAGGAUCUGGACGGCCAGCCCAGCACCUACAAAGCCAGCAGCCCACAGAAUCAGUUGGAACAAGUGAGCGACUUUCACUUAAAGAAUAUUCAAGUCCCUUUACCAAAGACGACCUACCGGGUGAUCAGCGUCGCAGGUCAGCCGGUAGGCCCUGACUAUCCUCUACCGGCUCCGUAUGUGAAGGCACAACAACUGGAGGAGCUGAUGAGUCAGACAUGGGCGAAGGUGUUGGCCCAGAAUUUGCAACAGGCCGCUCAGUAUCACACGAACGACGGGAACAAGAACAAUGGUGGACAGUACGUGAACCAGAACGAUCAGAACAAGGACUCCCAACGAUACGUUUCCGUCCCGAACGUUAUUGCCAAGGCUGGUCUGGCUUACAUCGUGAAUCCUAGCAUUCUCGGGAAGCUGAACAUUGCUCAGGCUGCUGGCCAGGUCAACCAGGCGCCGACCACUCACUUGAAGAACAUCAAGUAUCCUCCGCCUAUACCUGGCGUUUACACCGCAGUCGACAAGCCUGGAAAGGAUCAGGUGGAUUCGAACGAGUACGAGAACUAUGAUACUUCACCACCUCAGAGAUCCCAGGACUACGACAGCUCUUUGAGUCAGAACGAUAAGCAGCCACAGAAUUACGAGAACGAACAAUCUUAUCAGAAUCAGAAUUUUGUGACAGCACAGACGCCACGUGGGUACGGUUACCAAUAUAACGACUACAAUCCGUCACAACAAACGGGCCAGCAACAGUCGAACCAAUACAAAAACAAUUUGGAUGACGUGAACUAUGGUAGCAAGACGAAAAAGGGAUAG